AUGAGAGAUUUCGAUUCUCCAUCCAACCGUGGCUGGUCCUUCCCCGGGUCGCUGGCCUUGCCAAACUUCUUCCACCCUGAAGAAAAGCUGCACGUUGGAGAAGAAGGUAGACGCGUCCGUCGAAAUAAAAGGAGUAAAGGCAGCGAAGGGCCAGAGGGUCCAAGUUCAGUCAAAAACAAGAAAAAGGGUAAGAAGGCUGGUCCUCCAGGACCCAACGGUCCCCAAGGGCCACCAGGUCCCCCUGGGCCCCAGGGUCCCCCCGGCAUUCCCGGCAUCCCGGGGAUUCCCGGCACAACCGUCAUGGGACCGCCCGGGCCCCCCGGCCCGCCGGGCCCUCAGGGACCACCUGGACUGCAGGGCCCCUCAGGUGCCACAGACAAGGCCGGCUCCAGAGAUAUCCAGCCAGCUGUGGUCCACCUUCAAGGCCAAGGCUCGGCAAUCCAAGUGAAGAAUGAUCUUUCAGGUGGAGUCCUCAAUGACUGGUCUCGCAUCACUAUGAACCCCAAGGUGUUUAAGCUGCAUGCCCGCAGUGGGGAGCUGGAGGUACUGGUGGACGGCACAUACUUCAUCUAUAGUCAGGUAGAAGUAUACUACAUAAACUUCACAGAUUUUGCCAGCUAUGAGGUGGUGGUGGAUGAAAAGCCCUUUCUGCAAUGCACUCGGAGUAUUGAGACCGGCAAGACCAACUUCAAUACCUGCUACACAGCUGGGGUCUGCCUCCUCAAAGCCAGGCAGAAGAUUGCUGUGAAAAUGGUCCAUGCUGACAUCUCCAUCAACAUGAGCAAGCACACGACUUUCUUUGGGGCCAUACGCCUAGGAGAUGCACCAGCAUCCUAGAUGAACUUGGCGCGUCCAAGGAUACUCACAGAACUGCACAGUGCUGCUGUUCAUAAGCGUAUCAGUAUUUCAGGGGGUUCUGUAAUCCGGCCAUAAAGAAAACUGAUCCAGAGCUAUUUAUUCCUAUAUGUGAAUGCAGGAAGCACAAUUGUCUUCUGUGACUUGUGUGGAGACUCGGAUCAAAAAAGCUAGUUGAAAAAGCGUUGUGAGGAAGAAAGGCUGUUGUGUCUGCCUUGUCUCAGUAUUUCAAGUAUUACUGCACUGAUAUUCUGCUCUGUGAUCUUCACACGAGGCUUGUUGAGAGUGGUGUGGGUCUCUGCUUUUAUGUUGCACUAGCAAGAGCAUCCCAGGUGGUAGCGGGAGGAGACAGACUAAUGUCCAAAUCGUCCUAUCCAGGCACUCCUGCUUCUGCACGCUAACAAAAGCAAGAAGAAAAAAAAAAAAAAAAAAAGGGGUUUCUGGUUUUCAGCCUUCCCAGUUCGACCUGGGAACGGCCACGGGGCGCGGAGGGAGGUGAAUAAGACGAGGUCAGUGGUGUUUACAUUCAUCCUCAGGAGCGCGAGCAAAGAAGGCGAAGCGCCUCUGCCUGGAGCUUGGACGCGGGCUGCAAAAGCAGUAAGUGCGAGAGGAAGAUGAAUACUUCGUUAGAGCGGGCUUAGCGGAUAGGAAACUGCCUCCCCAUUCCAGAGAAAAAAAAAAAACCCACAAAGUCCCAAAGAAAAGGCCGAUUACCGGUUCCAGCACCUCUGCUACUUUCAGCUCCUGCCAUUACCCCAGAGGUAUACCUUGCCCUGACAGGGGCUGCCUUCAAGUACUGCUGCUGUGACAGCAAUUUGUGUCUUGUUGGGGUUUUUUGUUGGGUUUUGGGGUUGGUUGGUUUUUUUUUUUUGGUUGGGGUGUUUGGUUGGGUUUUGUUUUGGGUUUUUUUUUGGUCUUUUUAAUUAAUAUUUUGCAAACCAGAACACACAUUUCUACAGGCUUCACUGAGCCGCGUAGAGCAGACACAAGUACUUGUGAAAACACUCUGAAGAAGAUUGUCAUGUUUAAGAAUAAAAUUAUUCAAACAGGAAAAAAAUUUUUUUUUUCUGUUUUAAUAGCAACUGCCCUGCUUUUAGAUGUGGUUUUCAUCCUUCCUCCCCCCACUCCUUUCCUUUUGGCACCCUUCUACCUAAAAUGCUCUAAUAAGUGGUGAUGGAGUCUCUAGCAAAAAAAAAAAAAAUUGUAUUUAAAAAGUCUGGUCCAGCAUGAAGUCACCACUUUUUCUUUUCGCUGAGCCCUGCUGAGUCUAGUCAUAACUCGAUUUCUGGUGACUAAUAGAAGAGCUGGGACACUAUUGUUUCUUUUGGCUUCUUGAGCAACUCUCUCCCGUUACCUCCCCUCAACUGGGGAGACCUAAAGCUAUAAGAUGUGCUCGAGCUGAGGAAGAGGCUGAAGCGCUAAUUGCUCUUUUGUGUCAUGCCUUGGCUUGCGCUUGGUUUUGUUGAUUUGUUGGUUUUGGGUUUGUUUUUUUUUAAACCGGAUUUCUUUUCAGCGCGUGUUUUUUUCUUUAAAAAAAAAGAGGGGAGUGAGGUUUCAGCCGAUGUAGCGAAUGGGACAAGUCCUGAACCGCCGUCUUGGUGAUGCCCUCCGUGUCCAGGUAGAGAUGGCUAAGCCGUGGUCACCUGCGGGGCCGUGGGAGCAGACGUGGCUCAGCACCGUGCUGUAGCGACUGAUCUGACCGCAGGAGGGUCCACCCUGGCCGAAGCAUUCUUGGCUCCGUCGCUUUUCCCCAUCCAUAGCGAGUGAUCUCACUUGCCAAGUAUUGCAGUUAUUGGGAGAUAAAUAUUUCUUGGGGGCACCCAGCUUUGGCUACAGCCUCGCUAUUCACAGGAGGCAUGCAGUUUGUAAAACAACUGCAUGAAAAAUUGCCUGCUAUUUCUUUUUCAAUAUGCUUUCCUCCUUUCUAGCCUUAACAUGUUGGACUAGCAAGAGCCUUAGGGACACUUAACUCGUCUUUGUGGUUUAUUUCCUUUAGAAUGGAUUAAGAAGGACAUGUUCCUCUGACAAGAAUGAAUCAGGACAACUGUGUACAGUGAGAACAUUAAGCAAAUCAUUAACAGAAUUGCUUUAGGAUACAGCCUGAACAGCAAGACUUAGGGGCAAGCGUAAAUAACGCAAUGACUUGGGAGAGCGCAGUGGAUGGACUUUGCAUUCCUUGUCCCCCACUGGCAGGUUCUGUGAUCUGCUCCUGACUCCGGCAGCGGGCAGGAGGAGGCAGAGGGGUAAUCCCUCCUCUCUGUAAGAGCCCCCCACAUCGCUGUCACCAUCCCUCAGUGGCAUGUGCCUGGGGUGCGGGAGGAGAGCAGGAGGGGGCCGUUCCUGCCUCCCUCAUCAUGAGCCAUGGAAGGUGUAAACAGGCUCUUUCUGAUGCUCAAGUUACACCAAAGCGUGACCUGGGUGUAGCCGUGUUGGAGACGUAGUGGGAGUUGGAGAGCAGAGAACACCUGACUGCAGGUGGCCUUGGUGCUGGGAGACGGGUUCAUCCCUGGGAUGAGCGGGGUCACCAGUCCCGUAGCAGCCGUGGGGAGUCUUUAUAUAUCUGAAACCCUUUGGCCUCUCUAGUAACAAGUUCUCACUGGUGAAGUAGUCCAGUGCGGGUUACCUAGGCUGCAGUAUAGCAGCUUCUGUGCUGCCUCUCUCGAUAGUGUCCUACCGACUUUGGUGCUUCUUUCCCUUAACUGGAGACGAAAGGGCCUGGAAGCAGCUGAGAGGAGCACGAGGAGGAUGCGUAUGGGAGGUCUGAACAAACUCCAGCAGGAACAGGGCCUUGCUCCGCUCUUUCCCUCUGAUGUCUUUGAAUUUUGACGCGUCUCGGUUCCUAGUGCUUCGCUUAUAGGCAAAGGUCUGUGUAUCCACACAGUGGACACAAAACCAGGUGCCACUGGCUCCCCGUGUGCCAGCCUUCCUCCCCGGCGGUGCGGGCUGGCUCCUCUUACCGACGUGCCUUGGCUCAGCUGCCCGACUGUCGGCUGAACUCCAGCUGCAGAAAGGUCGCGAGCAGCUGCUCGGUGUAUAACGCAUCGUCUGAAACCCUUCUCCCUCCCAGGCUCCUCUCCACAGAGACGGUUCCUAGGGAGGCCAGCUCGGCUGUUGUGUUCAGGGCCCCCUUUGAAGGAAGGAUUCCCUUCGGUAAAGGCUUUAGGUCGUGGCUCCCUACCCAAAACUCCCUGCUCUUGCUUCCCUCCCGCGCCUCUCUCACCCAGGUAAGCGGUUGUGGUCUCUUUGCCACCCACUGUCCCCAUCUGGGGCUUUGCAUCAUCCUUCCGCUGAACAGGCGACGUUGGGUGCUUAGAAAAGGGCACCCGGGCUGUGCUGAGGGGGAGAUGAGCGAAGUGCACGAGCUCAUUUUAGUUCAUAUUUCUUCCCCUCUCCCCAGUAAGAGGUGGAGCGCGGGGAAUCCUUCCCUCGCGUUCCCAUCCUGGCCCCAGGCUGUCGGGGCGCAAGUUUUGGGGGGAAGGGACAACUACAGCUACCCGCUUACAAGCCUGACCCCCCCACACCCCGUGUUCUUCCCCCCCAGGCUGGGAGGAAGCCUCUGAGACUCCCCAACAAAAGCGUAAUGGGAGAAGAGCUGUGGGAAGAGAGACAGGACUCCUCCUGUUACCUGUUAGAGCUGCACAGUGAUGUACUGAUGCUGUUUUGUGCUUCAACAUCUUUAUUCAAGACACUAUCUGUAUAUAAAAUAUACAUAAUGUAUAUAAAUUAGGAUGUAAGUUUAUGUAAAUUGUCAAUAUUUUCUUUGCAAAUAAAGCUU